UCAAAUUCCCCUGUUACUUCACAACAGUCGGAAGGCCUGUGUACCAAUCACAGGGCUCCUUACUGGAAAAACCAACGGCUGGAGAGUCCUUAGCAACCCCCAGCGGGUUUUGAAAUCCGAGGGGGAAAGACUGUGUGGGCAGCUGUGGGUGUGGAGGAGGGCGCCUAUGCCACAGGAAGAGCAAGCUCUCAGGAUGGACACCCCACCCCCUGAGGAGCUCUUAGAUCAGGAAAGUGGAAAAUUGAGAAACCAGGAAGACGAGAUGGAGUUUAAGGAACUGGACGGCCUGAGGGAAGCCUUGGCGAAUCUCCGGGGCCUGUCCGAGGAGGAGAAGAGCGAGAAGGCGAUGCUUUGCUCCCGCAUUCACGAGCAGUCCCAGCUUAUCUGCAUCCUGAAGCGGAGGUCGGAUAAGGCCCUGGAGCGCUGUCAGAUCCUGGAGCUGCUCAACAAGGAGCUGGAGGAGGAGAGGGAGCAGGAGGCGGAGAAGCUGCAGGCCCAGCGCCAGCAUGCCCGGAAGCUGGAGGAGCGCUUUAUGACCCUGGCGGCCAACCACGAGAUGAUGAUCCGCUUCAAGGAUGAGCACAAGAAUCAGAACGUGAAGCUCAAAGAGGAGAACGAGAAACUGAGGCUGGAGAACAGCAGCCUCUUCAGCCAGGCUCUGAGGGACAAGGAGGCCAAAGUGUUGCAGCUCACGGCCCAGAGCACGGAUCUCACCAAGCAGGUGGAGUCUCUGAAACAGAGGUGUGUUCAGGAUGCCCGCCAGGCACAGGCCCGGGAGAAGGAGCUGCUGGAGCUACAGAGCCAGCAGGCGCGCGCCCAUGCCAAGGAGACAGAGCAGCUGCGCAGUGAGCUGCGAAGCCUCAAGCAGCAGCACCAGCAGGCCUUGGAGCAGAUGGCCAAGGCCGAGGAGAAGCACAGCAUCCUGAGCCAGGAGCUGCAGGCCAGGCUGCAGACCACCGCUAGCGAGAAGGAGGAGCUGCUGCAGCUGUCCAUGGAGAGAGGCAAAGUGCUUCAGAACAAGCAGGUGGAGAUUCGCCUGCUUGAGGAGAGGUUGGAGACUGCCGAUGUGGCCAGGAGGCAUGCGCUGGAGCGGUUUGAGCAGGAGGCAGUGGCGGUGAACAGCAAUUUGAGAGUCCGGGAACUUCAGCGCCGAGUGGAAGGGAUCCAGAAGGCCUAUGAAGAACUCAGGCUGCAGUCAGAAGCCUUCAAAAAGCACAGCCUGGAUCUUUUAAGCAAGGAGAGAGAACUCAAUGCCAAACUCCGUCAUCUCUCUCCAUAAGGAAGCUUCUGCUUUCUCUAGCCUCCGUUUGAGAAUUCAGAUAUGUGUGCCUUAGUCUUAUGAAAAGAGUAAAGAUGAUAUGCCAUUUAUUAUACUUUUAAGCACAAAAGGCAACUCAAAGAAAAGCUUCUUUCUAUGAUGUUGUUGUUGCUAUUGUAAAGCUAAUUUUCUGUUCUACUAUCUAGAAUAUACAAGCUUUCCAUCUGUUUCUUUGAAAUCUUAAAUUUCUUAUCAGCCUCUCAUCCACUCUAUUACUUAUUCAUUCUCAACCUCAGAGAUCUUGGUACAGCCUAAGAUUUUAAUUAGCAUUGUCUAUGAUUAUACGGAGUCUAAAAUGUGCAACGAGAUAGGACAUGGUGGAAAAGUUAGCACAAUUAAUCUUCUUAGAUGAGUGAGGCAAUAGUCUUCCACAGUUAAGAUUGUAAGCAAGCAGAUAACAGCAUAAUAAUAGAAUGGAUGCUUCACAGGGAAAAAAAAGAGUAAUUUUAUUUUGCAUUAUCUUGAAGAACAAAAUUAAGAUCAUUAAGUUUUUUACUAAAGUAGGCCGACUUUGAAAUAGUCAUUCUGUAUGAAUAGUAAAAUUCAAGCAAAUCAACCAAUGUUUAUUUUUUCUGCAGGCUUAGAUCACAUUCCAUUUCCCUGGUUUUCUCAAUAAAGACAAGAUUUAGAUGCACAGUAAUGCAAAUGUCAGUAGUUUCAUUUAAUACUGAACAAUAUAAUGCUAGACCAAAGGUUCCAAUGUGGAGUAACAAGUCGUAGCAAACUGGGUGCAGUUCUUAUAAUAAUUCAUAUUGAUUGGUUUUAUUACCAUAUUUUCAUGUAAAACUUUUUGCUUAAAAAGUCUAAGUUGAACAUGUCUGAAGGUACUUCACAAAGGUCACAGAAAAUGGAAUUUACGCUUGAUCUUAGCCAAAAGGUUGAGAAGUGAUAAAAAAAUGGAAUUUCAAAACGUAUUUAUUUUGAUGCAAAAAUUUUUUGAAAUACAG